GGCGGCGACGGGAGACAAAGCGCCCGGCUAAUGAAUGGGACGGUCCUGCCCGGCCCUUCCCUUUAACCCCUUCGGGCCCGGCCCGCGGCCCUGGCAGCGGCGACCUCCGGCUUCCCCUGCGGCGGCCGGCCGGCCGGGGAGAUGGUAUAAAAGAAUCACAGUUACCUAGUCAAGAUGAACAGAAUGGCUUCCUUGACCAAGAAAUCAGAACAUUCAGUUUUUAGGGUUAUGUCUACAACAUGAAGCAUUUAACAGUAGCUGUCUUUGAGAACACUCACCUAUGACCUGAAAUGUCCUGAUCCUGGGGAAAAAAAAUGCAAUUCCAUAAUUAAGUCGGUAAUUCGUAGUGCAUUUUUACGACUAAUUCAAUCAUAUUUGCUUAUGCACAACACAGACACAGAAUUCAUAAACCCGAGAUUAACAGAUAAGCACAUUUGUGUUUGUGCAUUCAGUAUUCAAGAUAUAUCAUUUUUAAAUAAUCUUUUAAAUCAUCUAUAUUUAUUAAUAAAUGACUAUUUGGCGAAAAGAAUUUGUCAGCCAUGGAAAAGAAUAAAGCAAAUUCCCCCAGAAUGGACAAUAAUUUUGUUUUGGAUAAAAUCAAUAGUUUAAAAGUAGAGCAUGAGCAAGACAGCAUUAACUGUACUCUAGAAAGAAUGGAUAUAAAGACAGAACAAGAUAAUUUCAAACAUGCAGACAGCAGUGAUGAACAGGAAGACAAAGAAAAGAAUUUCAUUACCAACAACCCUGGCAAAUUUUUAUCUACAGAAAACGAUGAUGAUUAUGGUUCUCUUUUUUCUCAGUAUAGUAGUACGCUGUAUGAUGUAGCAAUGGAAGCUGUGACACAAAGUCUUCUUUCUAGCAGAACUAUCAGCUCCAGAAAGAAAUCACCUGCUUGGAACCAUUUUUUUAUAUCUCCAAGAGAUAGCACUAAAGCAAUAUGUAUGUACUGUAUGAAAGAAUUUAGCAGGGGCAAAAAUGAAAAAGACCUAAGUACGAGUUGUCUCAUGAGACAUGUGAGGAGAGCCCAUCCUACUGUACUAAUUCAAGAAAAUGGAAGUAUGCCAGGUAUAUCCUCCUAUUCUUCACCUACAUUGUUACUUCCUCCUCAGUCUGCAGAUGUUGGAGAUCUAAGUACUAUGUUAUCCCCUAUAAAACUGGUAAAGAAAAUGGCAUCUAAAAUACCAUCUCCAGAUCGAAUAAUUGAGGAAUCUGUUUCUAUUGUUUCUUCUGAAGAAAUAUCAGAUCUCUCAGUUUCUGAAAAAUGCAGCAAAGAAGAAAUAAUGGUUGGGUCAUCUCCACAGCUACCCAACAACCAGUAUGAUGAAACUGUGGAAAAUGUAGCAGAAAAAACUAUUGUAAUUCCAAAGAGUACAUCAGGUUCCAGAAGGAGAUCUGCUGUUUGGAAACACUUUUAUUUGUCACCUCUAGAUAAUUCUAAAGCUGUAUGCAUCCACUGCAUGAAUGAAUUCAGUAGAGGAAAGAAUGGAAAAGACCUGGGAACAAGCUGUUUGAUAAGACAUAUGUGGAGAGCCCAUCGUUCCAUUGUCCUGCAAGAGAAUGGAGGUGGUACCAGUAUACCACCUCUCUACACCGCACCUCCAACCCUGUUGCCUUCUUUACUACCCUCAGAUAGUGACCUGAAUUCUAUGUCAUCCUCCCCUGGAAAACUAAUGAAAGAAUCAACUUCUGUUUCUUCUUCUCCAGACAGACUGACUGAGGAGAUCCAUACUACUCUCUCUUCUGGAGAUGCUCUAGUGGAAGACUCAUCAAUGCUGUCAUCUUCUGAUGAUAUAGGUGAAGUCUCCUUUGUUUCCUCACCUGAGAAGCAGUGUGAGGGAUUAGGUCCAUUAAUAUUUGAACCUGCUGCUGUAUUUCAGCAAAAUAAAAGGAUUAUGAAGAGGCUUAAAUCAGAAGUUUGGCAUCACUUUUCACUGUCACCUGCAGACAGUCUAAAAGCAGUAUGUAGAUACUGCAGCUGUAUGAUAAGUCGCGGUAAAAAAGGAGAUGUGGGCACAAGCUGUUUAAUGAGACAUCUAUAUAGACGCCAUCCUGAUGUAAUUGGAAACCAAAAGAGCUUUAUCGAUGUUAGUUUGGCAAAUUCUCCUUAUGCCACCUUGGCUUCGGCAGAAUGUUCGUCCUCAAAGUUGACAGACUUGCCUACAAUGGUUACCCAUGAUAAUCAAAUUAUAUUUCCUGUUAAUAGCAAGAAGACCUCAAAACUGUGGAAUCACUUUUCAAUUUGUUCUGCAGAUUCAACAAAAGUAAUAUGUAUGCACUGUGGACGUACAAUAAGUAGGGGGAAAAAGCCAACAAAUCUGGGCACAAGUUGCCUUUUAAGACAUCUGCAACGGUUUCAUAGCAAUGUAUUGAAAACUGAUGUCUCAGAGACUGUAUUAUCCUCAUCUACGGAUAACCACAUGCCACUGAGCACAGAAUUAUUAGGAUCUUCAACUUUUGAUGAAACCAAUGAAAAGUUUUGUGACUCUCACCCAGUUGCCAAAAAAAUCACAAGUCUCGUAGCUGAAAUGAUUGCACUUGACCUUCAGCCAUAUUCUUUUGUAGACAACAUUGGCUUUAACAGGCUUCUUGAAUACUUGCAACCUCAGUAUUCUUUACCUUCUCCAUCUUACUUUUCUAGGACAGCAAUUCCAGAUAUGUAUGAUAAUGUAAAACAGAUAAUUAUUUCACAUCUUAAGGAAGCUGAAAGUGGAGUGAUCCAUUUUACAUCUGGGAUAUGGAUGAGCAACCAAACACGAGAGUAUCUAACCCUUACAGCUCAUUGGGUAACAUUUGAAUCCUCAUUUCGACCACAGUGUGAGGAUUACCAUUGUUCAGCACUAUUAAACGUAUCACAGAUUGAUUGUGACUACAAUGGAAUCAGUAUACAAAAGCAGUUAGAGUACUGGUGGGAAACAUGGAUUACUUCUAUUGGCCUUCAGAUUGGGAUUACUGUUACUGAUAAUCAAAGUAUAGAAAAAACCUUAAAUGAAGGUGAUCAUUCAAGUGUGCAGUGUUUUAGUCACACUGUUAAUAUCAUAGUAAAUGAGGCUAUUAAAAGCCAGAGAAUGGUUCAGAAUUUGCUUAGUAUUGCAAGAAAGAUCUGUGAACGCGUUCAUCGGUCAGCAAAAGCAAAAGAGAAGUUAGCCGAGUUGCAAAAAGAAUAUGAGUUGCCUCAGCAUCAGCUUAUUCAAGAUGUUCCAUCAAAGUGGAAUACAUCAUUUCAUAUGCUUGAACGUCUUAUUGAGCAGAAGAGAGCAAUUGAUGAAAUGUCAAUAGAGUGCAGCUUUAGGGAGCUAAUAAGUUGUGACCAGUGGGAAGUUAUGCAGUCAGUGUGUCAUGCUCUCAAACCUUUUGAAGCUGCAAGUAGGGAAAUGAGUACACACAUGUCUACUUUAAGCCAGGUGAUUCCAAUGAUUCACAUACUUAACAGGAAAAUAGAAAUGUUAUUUGAGGAAACAAUGGGCAUAGAUACCAUGCUGAAAUCUUUGAAAGAAGCUAUGGUGAGUAGGUUGUCCUCUACGCUUCAUGAUCCAAGAUACAUUUUUGCUACGCUUCUGGAUCCCCGCUAUAAAACAUCCCUAUUUACAGAAGAGGAGGCUGAACAAUAUAAACAAGACUUAAUCAGGGAGCUGGAAAUAAUGAGUUCUACCUCAGAUGAUGAUAAACCUGUUUCCAAUGGAUGUGAUAUAUCUACAAAUUCAUAUGGGGAAGAUAAUCUUUGGUCACUCAUGGGUGACAUGAAGAAAACAAAAGACCUGAAAGAGAGGGCAAAGUUACCAGAGGAAAUGGUGCUUUCUUACUUGGAGGAAGAAGUGCUUGAGCAUAACUGUGAUCCUCUAACUUACUGGAACUUUAAGAAGUCAUCAUGGCCAGUACUGUCAAAAUUGGCUGUCAGGUUCUUGGGUUGUCCACCAAGCAUUGUUCCUUCAGAGAGGUUGUUCAGUACAUCCAAUGAAAGCAACAACUUUAGUCAGUCAAGGCUAAUGAUUGAACACUUUGAAAAGCUUAUUUUUUUGAAAGUGAAUCUUCCUUUAAUAUACUUCCAGUAUUGAAACUAAUGAACAAACUGCUAGACUAAAUCUAUUGUUGCUCACUGGAUAUUAACUAUCUAUAACCUGGAUUGUUAAAUUGCUCCAAUAGGGGCCAUGUAUGACAUCUAAUCAGUGACUAUAAAUCCAAAUUUUAGUUUCCUUUUUUCAGCUUUCAAUAUGUCUACAUGUGCCUUAUUCAUAGUACUUCAGGCCAGAUAUUGUAUAUAUGUUUUUUAAAAGUUCACACUAGAGAUAGCCUGUCUUGUCAAUUAUAUAAAAUUAUGUAGGUUUUAAUCCAUAAUUGUAAAUGAACUUUAAAAAAACUCAGUCAUUUGUUUUAAUAGAAUGGCAAAAAAAAGAUGUAAACAGUUCUAUUCUGUAGUUUUUUAUUCAAUUAUUAUGUAAAAACCAUAAACCAGGUACUGUAUUUUAGUUGAACAUUGCUUUAAUUGCAGCAAAACAGCUUUUGUAGAUGUCAAAAGAAAGCUGUAUAUAAAAGAUGGGGUUAAAACCAUCUUUUUAUCUUGUGGUGUUUUCUUAACUGCAAGCCCUAAAGUACUUAAAGAAUUAAGAAUUAUUUGGGAAGAUAUGUUUACAGGAGACUAUUCACUUAGUAUCUGAAAAUAAAUCUUAAAUUUGAGAUGAUAUGGAAUGUCAGUUAUACAGGAAUCUGUAGUAAAACUUCCUAUUCUGGAUUCUCCUGUUCAGGUUUUACAUUGUAACUGAACUACAGAAAUGUUCUGGGUAUUUAUAAAAGCUCUUUGGAAGUUUUAUCAAAGUUUGUGAAUUAAUGCUUGUUAUUUAAUGCCAUGUACAAAAAAAAAAAAAAAAAAAAAAAGCAAGAAAUUUACAGUGAACACUCUAAUGUCAUUCUAAAGCCUUUUCUAAUCUUUAGUGCAUCAAAAUUAAAAGGUUCCCUGUUGUAAAAGCUGAGCCCUUAUUCCUAAUGUAAUUUCAAUUGUGUAGAACAACCUGUCUUAAAGUUCCUAGUACAAAAAUAACUGAUCUUCUGAUUUUCAGUAAUAGCCUUAUGGAUAUGGUGCACUGCUUAGAAUUUUGUGUAGUAGGGUUGAUUCAUAACUGUCAGUGUCCAGCAGGCAAACGGGAUACCAUAGCUCCCUCAAAACGUCAAGUAAGGUGGAAAAAAAUUAGCAUUUUAAUUGAAAGGAAUGUUCUCCAUGUUUUUUUAACGUUAGAAAGAUUAAUCUUCUCAUUUCAGUUUUCAUUAAAUACUUUUUGGGAAACAAGUCA